AUCCUCUCCCUUGAACUGCGACGCAGCGGCCUCGCACCAGUGAAGCUCGGGUCCGCCUGGUGCGUGAGCCGAGGAGCUCAUACUCCAAUGGUUCAGCUCUAUAGCGCCACCAGAGUGAGUCACCUCUUUGCCCUGGUGAUAGACGAUGACUUUGAAGCCUUGACGAUUGCGGAGGAUUUGGCUACAGAGUUGGAGGCGUUGCUUGAGCCGGGAGCCUUAACAGAGGCCUUGGACGCAGCACGUGGUAGGCAAUCCAAGGUGCCGAGAUAUGACAUUCGCUUCUCUUCGGAAAGGACUCUGGAACCAAAGUUGCGCCAGGUCGUCUCUGAAAGUCUCCGAAGAGGUCUGAAGAAAAAAGUCCCAUGGCGAUUCGAUGAGAAGAGGCCCCAGGUGACACUGUGGGUACACUGGGGCCCCAGCUCUUUGGCUUUGGGCCUGGCGUCCGUCCUCUCCGCCGCGCGCCGCAACUUGUGUCGCCUCAGCGCCUUGGGGCUGCUGGGUGCGGAGGCAGCGCAAGGUGGCGCCUUGGCGGACCCCUGCUGCGGCCACGGGAAGGUGCUGCAGCUGGCGCUUCGGAUUUGGCCCAAGGAGCCUUCCAGAGUUGUUGGGCAAGACCUGAGACAGGCCGCCCUGAAAACCGCGCAAAAGACCUUGGGCAGCGCGGCAGCGCUGUGCCCGGGCGAUGGGGGGCAGCUGGCCCUGCAGCCGGGUGGGCCCCCAGUAGAUGGGUUCUAA